GCUCAUUCUACCCGACGCCCCAAGCUGACGACAACUGACUUUUGCGAGCUGUGCCGUUGCAGUUUUUUCUUUUUUUACUUCACAACUUUACCGCAGUGUCAUCCACGCGCGACCGCUUCCAUUGAUUCUCACAAACGAAUUGUUCACCUUAAUCCGAAAUUUACAGUUGGCCCUCGAGCGUUCAUCUAUCUCUUUUAUUUGUUUCUUCCUAUUGUUUUCAAUUUUUAAUUGAUACUUUUCUUUUACUUACUCGGUCCGUUGAUUUCCUUUUCGCUUCCAAGAGUUCGCCGUCAACAUCGCUGUGUUCGCCCGGCACCGCAAUGUCUUCGCACCCGACCUGACAGUGCCUCCCUAGGCGGUUCUAAAAGAGGGGCGGCAGUGGCGAUUGCCAGGCCGCUGUGUUUGCUUAGCGAGCGAGCGUGCGUGCGUGCACGCGUGCUGUGGUGUGCGUGUUGUGCAUCGCAACCUCUCGUUUUGGCCGGGUGGACGCUUGAGCAAACAACGUGGCAGCAGACUUGUUAGAUACGAGCCGGGGGCGGUCUCCCAACUUCGAAUGCGGUCGCUGCCGUCGUAAGUUCCGACAUUCAUUCGGGCCUCCUCCUGGUGUUGGGCGGCAGAAGAUGGAACUUGAUAACAACAACGCGGAGCGAGAUUGCGAGAGUGUCAAUCGCAGGCCCUCGCAGACCCAGGAUUCGCGGCUGCCACCAGCCAUAAGGCAGACAUUGCUGGAGCUGUUUGGGCAGAUUGAGAAGGAGUUUGAAGUCCUAUACGUGGAGAACGUGGAACUACGUAAGGAGAUUGAUAGCUUGAACGAGCGGCUGGCCUCUGAAGGAGCCGUCACCGAUGGCUCUGAACUCUCCAAGGGAGUCUUUAAAACCAAGACCGGGCAUUCUACGAGUCAACUUUCACAGAAGCUGAAAACGACUUACAAAGCGUCAACAAGCAAGAUCGUGUCCAGUUUCAAGGCCACGACUACACGUGCCGUCUGCCAGCUGCAGAAGGAGUACGCCGGACACCGUGACGGCCUCUGGGAUGUGGCCGCCACUCGCAUCGCCCCCGUUGUGCUCGGCACUGCGUCUGCCGAUCACACUGCCAUGCUAUGGAGCAUAGAGACUGGGAAAUGUAUCUUAAAGUAUGUUGGACAUGCAGGCUCAGUUAAUUCUAUCAAAUUCCAUCCAACGGACCAGCUUGCUCUGACAGCAUCGGGUGACCACUCGGCGCAUGUGUGGCGUUACCUGGUGCAGUUGCCGUUGACCCAGACCAGCAUCGACUCAAAUCCGUCGGGAGAGGACGAGGUUGACGCGUCGGACAAGGAUGAGGCGGAGGCGUUGGACGCGGCGGAGGCGGCGAGCGAGGCGGCGCUGACGGUGCGCGCUCCCGUCACGGCGCUCAAGGGCCACCAGGGCGUCAUCAUCGCGGCCGACUGGCUCGUCGGGGGCAAGCAGCUCAUCACUGCAUCGUGGGACCGCACAGCCAACGUGUAUGACGCAGAGACCUCUGAGCUGCUGCACUCGCUCACAGGGCACGAUCAGGAGCUGACGCACUGCAGCACCCACCCGGCCCAGCGCCUGGUGGUGACGUCCUCUCGCGACACCACCUUCCGCCUGUGGGAUUUCCGUGAUCCCUCCAUCCACUCGGUCAACGUCUUCCAGGGCCACACCGACACCGUGACGUCGGCCGUGUUUGCAUCGAGUGAGAACGUGGUGUCCGGCAGCGACGACCGCACCGUCAAGGUGUGGGACCUGAAGAACAUGCGCUCGCCCAUCGCCACCAUCCGCACCGACUCCGCCGUCAACCGGCUCAGUGUGUCACCCACGCACAAGAUCAUUGCACUGCCUCACGACAACAGGCACGUGCGUCUGUUUGACAUGUCUGGCGUUCGCCUGGCUCGUUUGCCAAGGAGCAACCGGCAGGGCCAUCGUCGAAUGGUUUGCAGCGCCGUGUGGAGUGAGGAGAACAGCACCUGCAAUCUGUUCACCUGUGGCUUUGACCGGCAAGCACUGGGCUGGAACAUCAACACCACUGCCCUGAUUCAAGAGAAAAAGGCUCCGUAGCAUCAACCGCACACCGACAGAGGCAGCCUCUUCUGUCUUAGUUUACUAACGAUUGUUGCAACGGCAUCCAGUUUAUUUGUGGAGACGAGGUUUUUUUUUUUGCGCUUGCUCCACAUUUCCAUCGUCUUUCAAUUUGGGUCCUAGUGAAUGUUGAAUCGCAUCAUAAAACGCCGUUUUGGAAAGUAUAAUUUCUGCAAAGUGGUAGGGAAAUUUGGAAGAAAAUCACGCUCGGAACCUGGGUCGCAUUAAAAUUAACAGAAGUGCACAAGUCAGGGGCCGUUAAUUUAAGCCGCAUACAAACUUAACUUUAAAGCAGUUGUAAUUAGCAUAUAGAGCAGUGUGGCUUACUCGCUGGCGUCUGCAUUACUGAUGAGGCAGUGCUCCUUGCUCGGAUAAUUUACCCACGUUCUGCGUGUCCAGACCGCCCAUGGAGUUACCAGUACAUUUCCAUAACCUCUUAUUGAUGCCGUAUAUUUAAGGCGGAACACCCACACACCACAUAUGCGCGAGUCCACAAUUCAUUUGACUAAUUCGGUACAUAUUGCAAUGUGGUGGUAUCAUUUUAACACAUUUAAGUAAAAAAACUGCUAAUUUUAAUUAACAUCUUGCAGCAAUUAAAGCAGAGAGAGCAACAACUGUUGCAUCGAAUUAAGUACAGUUCACACAAUCGUCAAAAAAAAUCUAACUUAACCGGCUUUAUUGGCCCAAAUGGCUGCAAAUCCAACCUUCGCCAAAUAAUGGAUGAGCCCAAUGGUUUCUCUUUCACUCAAAAGCAAGUUGUUGAACCCUUACCGCCAAGCUGGCAAUUCAUCUCCUCGCGAGUCCACGUGGGAUGUCUUUCACUUCACAUUUUCGUCACGGCAGCUAGGGCUCACUAAUUGUCACUCCACUGAGAUCCGUUGGGCCGCGUGUGCGCACUCGUGGGCAUCCGACCAAACAACCAAACCUCCUCUCAUCCCACCCCCACCCCAGGAAGCGCACCUACGGCACACAGGCUGAGGGAGCAUUGAUUGAACCGCAUCUAUCUCAUCCCGAUGUGGCAUCGCUACGGUGGUGGUCACGCAUGGGGCCAGAACUUAAAGCACGGUGAAGUGCGGUGCAUUUUGAAAGCUGCGGUGCGAGAGACUCGAUUGUGUGAAGUUAGGGGUGCGGCUUGGAGCAAUUCAUCAGUCAUUUUUGAACACCCGCGAUAAAAUGCAAAGAAAUGGGCGUGGAAUGCCGGUUAACGUUUCUGCUAAUAAUAUGAGAACGUUACCUUCAGGUUAUUAUCAUGCUCGUUUACCCGCAGGGGCAAAUGAGGCAUAUGAUUUUUGAAUUGUGACUUUUCAUUGAAUUGCUUCGGUAGGUGGGGGAGGGCACGGGACAGGGCAAGGUGUGGAUUUAAUUGUUGAUAGUUUGAAAAUAUGUAACAAUUAUCAUCGGCCAUCUAAUAUUUGGUGUGUGUGCAAACUCUUCACAGACACACACGGACUUAUUUCUUGGGAAGUCCGAUGAUAUCUCAUCUCAAUCCACCUUUCAUGGCAAAUCCCUCAUCGGAAGGUCUUGCAGAAGCAGAAUAUUUACUCAAUAGUGUUGAUAUAUUCAGAGAUUUCAUACGUUAUUAGGUGGGCAAGCUCCUAAGUCACUUGUUCAAUAUGGGUUGAAAACAUCAAUCACAUUUGUUAUUUUCUCCAGUCUUAAAUACUUUAUGAUGUAUUAUAAAGUAUUUAAUAAUAUAUAAUAAAGUAAUGUCAAGUGAGAUAUUACCAUCCAGAUACAAGUUGAAUUCCAAAUCUAUUCUGAAAGAAAUUGCCUUCCGUGUUACAUUUUUCAGAAUAGCAGAUGGGUCUUUAAUUUUGAGAAAUAAAUUUUUCUAAAGCACAGACACUCGCUACUAUGGUGUUGCAAUUGUGGAAACGGGAGCAUUUCCUGUCUCGGUGAGAAUAGCGUUACAUUCGAUGUGUGGUAACGCAUUGGUCAAUGUUCUGUCGUAAAAUUCACUUGCAGCUCUUCGUGGAUGUUAUUUUCAAGUGGGGUUUCUAUUUUAAGUGCAGUUAUCGGAGCACAUCACAGCCACAUAUCAGCGCAAUAUGAACAUUAUCCAUGCUCUUAAUUGAAGAGUGUCAACAAAUGAAGGUAGUAUUCGGUUAACAAACAAAAAGUUUCUUGUGUAAGAAUUCAUCAUUGCCGUUUUCGGUCGCUCAUUACAUAAAAUAAACCAGAUUAGUGCAAGUUUAGACGAUAAACUUCUUGAGUUCAUAUUCUUUGGGUCUUUCGAUAAAGCCACGUAGAAAAAAUUAUAAAAAUAUCCCGAAGUUUCUAUCUACGUGGCUUUACCGAAAGACCCAAAGAAUAUGAAUUCCUGCAGUCACGAAAGCUUUAAGUCAAGAUAUAAACUUCUUGAGGUUUGAUUAUUUUUGAGAUGUUUUUGAUAGUUUUAUUGUACAUCCCAUAUAGUGAAUGCAUUGAGCAUGGCUAUUACACCAACUUCAGGAAAACUGGGGUUGUGUGGCUGUUUAAGCUGGUGAACGAGUCGGAAUAUAUAUAAUGGCGCGUGCUAUCGCAUGCACACACCGCAACGCAAAGUUUAUGUACAAAGAAGCAUUAAUAUUUAUUCGCAAGUGUGGCGGCUUGCCAAUAGUUGAAUAAGAUAUAACUAUAUCACCAAGGUUGUCCCUGCUCGUGUUUACGCGCCCGCAUUCAAGGUGCGUGGGUUUGGGAGUAGUCUAGUUUGGAUGCAUGGGGUGGUUGUGCAUCCCGUGACCUGUUGCGUGAACAAUGUGAUGUCCCCUUUGAAUGUGCGAUUGCAUCUGUCCCUCUUAUUCAUCACUGGCCCUCUGCAUUUUCACUUGCACACCCCGACUUGAAGGAUAAAGCGCCCCUCGUUGGCAGUUCAGCACCGUUUUUACACAUGGGAAGAAAAAAACCAACCUGAUCCACAAUACGCUUUAAAAUGAGCCGAAAUGGGAAGAGGGAACGACAUUGAAAAAUCUUCCAUUUGUACUCAAUGUCUCCACAGCUGUUACAUGUACAUAGAACUUAUCUUUAAACAUUGAUCCAUGCCGACCUGACAAGCCGCACCCUUUCGAGGGUAGAUGCCGAUGAAGAUUAACUUGUGGGCAGGGCAGCCUUGGGUAAGUGUUUGGCUUAAUCCUGUAAAUAUUAAUCUGCGUUGGUGUCGAUGUUUUUGCGAUGCUAAUUUCCUCGGGACUGAACCGAAUGAGGUUGGUGGCAAGACUACCCGGCUUGGUUGCGUUUCAACUCCCGAAAGAAAAAGGUGCUGCAUCACGUGUCCAAAAACCAAUGCUGCUCAUUCGCUACUACCAUGCUUCAGUGUGUCAAAUUAUUACGAGUAAAGGUCCUUUGUCACUAUAGUGUUUUGCCUUGCAAGUGCGUAUUGCGUAGAAGUUGUCGUGUGUGCAGCUUAACUAUACACGUUUAUUUUUACGGCGAUGUAAAUUAAGAUUAAUGGAGCCACCCAUUUCUCCAGCACGGAAUGCACAUCCGCCCAGAAAGCACCACCACCACCACUUAGUGUCUUCAGCGGAUCCUGUUUGCCGUUCAUUAAUGGGCAAAGCGAGCAAGCGCUGUGUGCCUAUCCUGAUUAAGGGCACUCCGCGUCCCCCCACUACAUGGCCAAUUAAAGGGUAAUCUAAUUGCCUUUGUGCGCGCGCCCCCCACGGAAAGUGACGACGCGUUUUGUGUGAACGCGUUGGGCGCCAGCAUUGAUCGCGUAAUAUACGGUAUACCUAUCCCGCGUGCCGUUCGCUGUGAAGCUACAAGUGAUUGUACAAUGCAUGCUUAUUGUGGAGCACUUUAUGCGUGCGAGAGAGCCUAGUGGUGUUGAUGUGACUGCUUUGGUUGGACUGAAGAAAAGACGGAACGAAAAUGCACGGACGCUGCAUUUGGUUGUAAAGGACUUGUAUUUCUACCAAACCAAUAAAACAUUGAAUGAGUUGCCCAUGGUUCAGAUCUGCAAGCCCUAACGGUCGCCUGUACAUUGAGGACUUAAAUUGGUUUUGAAUUACCAAAGCAUGCCUACUGUGGGAGGAUUCCAAUACAACAUGUUUCACGUCUUCAAACAUACUGGCUAUUAUCAAUUUAAUUAAACAGCAGCACCAAAAGGUACUGUAAUAUAGGAAAUUAGCUCAGGGGUAUUUUCUUAAAUUUCCUCUUUAAAUAUAAUGCAGUAACUUAAACCAAAUAACGCAUUUAAUGGAUUACAGUUAAAGUAAACACAAGGAAAAAGUUUGACCCA